AUGGAAAUAUUUCUAAAAUUACCCAAGGAAAUUUUAUCAUUAAUUUUCAGCAACAUCGAAGAUAAAUUUAUAAUCAAAAAUUUAAUAUAUAUUCCAGGUUUACAACAUAUUGCUUUAGAACGAAAAUAUCCAAAAUAUGAAAUAAAUAAUUAUUACAAUUCAAUUGAAACAUUAAUAAAUCUUCAUCAACAGUUUGAGUUCAUCCCUUCCAUAAUCAUUGGGAAUAUAAACCAAAUCAAUCAAUUAAUUAAUGAACCAAAUUUCAGAUUAGUCAAUUAUUCGGUAAAGAUUAUGAAAAGUACUAGAUUUACUGAUCUAAUCUCGAUCCUGGAUAAAAUUUACAUAGUAGGAUUACAUAUGGAUCAAUAUUUAGAACCUUUCGUUGGAAAUUUCAAAAAAGAAGAAAUUAAAUCAUUCCUAAGUUUUAUUGAAAGUAACUUCUUGCAAUCAUUGACAACAUCCCAUUUCAAUGUAUUCCCAAUUCAAUUUCCAAGAUCUUUGAAGGAACUAACACUAGAUAAAGGUCAUAAAAUCAAUUUGGAUAUAAGUGAUUUACAUCAUCUCGAGUCAUUGAAUUGCAAAAAUCUACACAUGAUGAGCUCAUUUGAUAAUUUUUUGCUUCCAUUGUCAAUCAAAAAUUUAAGAUUUGAUUCUUGUGAUAUAGAAACUUUGGGUAAUUUAUUCAAGUAUAAGAAUCUAAAUUUACUUGAUAUAUCUUGCUGUCCUGAACUUUUUGGCCUAGUUUAUACUUUGUUCCCCAAUUCGUUGGAAACUUUGAAUUUCAUUAACAAUUUCGAUCGUCAAAGAAUAGAUGAGGUAUAUGAAGAAGAACGAUUUAUUUUUUUAAACUUUUCAGAAAUUGGACUGCGGGUUUGUAUCGAUGCUGACUUUCGGUUCCCUCCAAACUUGAAGAAUUUGAGGAUUUGCGAUACUAUGCAGAGCCUAGAACUAACAAAUAUUGAGCUUCUGAGCACACUCGAUUGUUUGGAAUUAAAUGGUAUUGGCUGUAUUGAGCUACACGAGGCUAUGGUCGGUUUACCCAAUAAAAUGUCCGAAAUCAUCAUUACAAAUUGCCACAUUGUAUCUGAAGAUCAUGUUGCUUUUCCAGAGCUGGAGCGGAUUUACUUUACAAACAAUAUAAUAUGGCUGGAUCCAUUCAAAUCAAACUUAAAUCAAUUAAAAUCUAUAAACGUGUUGGAUAUGUCAGACAAUUAUUGUUCAGAUGGUGCCCCUGGGCAUGACCGAAUUGAUCCUAUGGCAUUUCUAACAAAUUUAGAAGAAAAUGUAUGUUUCAACUCACCCAAAUUGCAAAACUUAAUCUUAAAAAGUUCAAAGCCGAUAGAUUAUGAAUACUUUACAUCUUAUGAAGUGUCAUUUGAAUGUGAAAAUUUGACCAAUUUGAAAAUGACAAACUUAACUCUUGACUUAUUGGAUCUUAAUCAGCUUCCCAAUACAUUAGAGGAGUUGAUAAUCAAUAAUUUGAAAUUGAAAACCAUGGAAGGGAAUUUUUUUAAGUUUAGUAAAUUAAAGAAGUUGGAUUUAGAAAAUAAUCAAAUAACUUUCUCAAUGUUGAGAAAACAAGACUUUCCAUCAAGUUUAACUCAUUUGAAUUUAUCAAAUAAUAAAAUUGAACAUUUAAGUUGUUUAGUUUUAGAUAAUUGUAUUAAUUUGAAAGAUUUGAAAUUGAAAGAAGUAACCUCAGAAUGUACACCAGAAGGUGCAACUCAAUUAAGGAAUUCGUUAUUUCAUGUUGAUCCCCAUAUUGAUGCAAUUUUAACAAAUAAUGAUUUAGAUGUGAUUUUUGAAAUUGUUAAUGGAGUUGAAAAAAAUUCGAUUUUAAAGUCUAUUUAUAAGAAAAGAAGAAUUUGUUAG